GCCCCGAGCUCGUCUGCCUCUCGCCGCCGCCGCCCCCCCGGGGCCGAGCUUGCUGUACGUGGUGCGGGGUGUCGGGGACCCUCCGGCGAGCCCACUCCUUGCCUUGAGAUCCAGGAGGUCGGAGAGCCACACUCAUGGGCUCUAUGCAAGUUUUAGGAAACACACACACACACACACACACACACACACACACACACGGGCACACACACACACACACACACACACACACACACACACACACACACACACACGCAUACACAACUUACCCCUCUGCGCUCUGCAAGGAAACGAAGAGAUAGGAGAAUUUACCGGUGAGAAGAGUACAGGAGAGAGGUGGGAAUGCAAGAGAAUUUUACACCACGUGGGAAUGGCGGUACAGGACUGCGAUCUGACGUCCUUGAAGGUGCCUCACCAAACUGAUGGUUCCUAGACCUAAAUAAAAAGAGAAUAGAGAAAUGGACGACCCAUCCAGCACCGUGGCAAAUUCAGAUGGCCCCAAAAGAGUGGAGAGGAGUAUGAGAAAAGGUUGUUGAUACGGAUGCUACAGUCUUUGCAUCUGUGUGUCAUUGUCUCAGAUUGCAUUACAUUUGAACAUUGCAUUGUUCAAAACCAUUGGGAUCUCCUGUUGUGGCAUAACCUUCAGAGUUUUGUCAGGUUACUUCAAAUAUCUUCAGUGAUGGAAAAUCUUCAUCCUUAACGAUGUAUUUGACUUCUGGAAACAGCCAAGGAUUAUUUGGAACGUGCCUUGAUGGAUAAAACAUGAAGUCCAGACUGGACAGGCUUUGGACACCAUGUUUGCUUCCAUCUCAGUUGGCUUCUCAUCAUGAUCACGAGAUCAAUGCUUCUAUUACAACAGUCACAUGAAAAAAAAUCCAAUGUAAGAAGAGGCGCUAUUCUUCUGCUGAUUGGUAUGGUGGAUUACAUUGCUUGAUUCCUGGAUGUUGAAACACAGCCUGGCAUAGCACUUCAUUAAGGAAAAUAAAAAGUAUUUCAAGCGUAGUGAACUUGCCAAAAAAGAAGAGGAAGCGUAUUUUGAAAGAUGUGGCUACAAGAUACAGCCAAAAGAGGAGAACCAGAAACCAUUAACUUCUUCGAAUCCUGUGUUAGAACUUGAACUUGCAGAGGAAAAGUUACCCAUGACUCUUUCUAGGCAAGAGGUUAUCAGAAGAUUGAGAGAAAGAGGAGAACCAAUCAGACUAUUUGGAGAAACUGAUUAUGAUGCAUUUCAGCGUUUAAGAAAAAUAGAGAUCCUCACACCAGAAGUUAACAAGGGAUUGAGAAAUGAUCUGAAAGCCGCUUUGGAUAAGAUCGACCAGCAAUACCUCAAUGAGCUUGUUGGUGGCCAGGAACCUGGAGAGGAAGACACACAGAAUGACUUGAAAGUUCAUGAAGAAAACACCACAAUCGAGGAGUUAGAGGCAUUGGGAGAGUCUUUAGGAAAAGGGGAUGAUCAUAAAGACAUGGACAUCAUUACCAAAUUCCUUAAGUUUCUCCUUGGUGUUUGGGCUAAAGAACUGAAUGCCAGAGAAGAUUACGUGAAGCGCAGUGUGCAGGGUAAACUGAACAGUGCCACUCAAAAACAGACUGAGUCCUAUCUCAGACCCCUUUUCAGAAAGCUUCGGAAAAGGAAUCUUCCUGCUGAUAUUAAAGAAUCCAUAACAGAUAUUAUUAAGUUCAUGUUGCAGAGAGAAUAUGUAAAGAACAGCAACAAUAGCAGACCCCUUGUCAGGGACGACUUUACCCCUUGUCCCGGUGUCUUUCCUCCUGAAUGGGCUCUAGGAGGUGGCGGCAGGGAGAAAGCGCUCUUGUGGCCCGGAGUUCCAGGAGCCGACUUCAGAAAGGCUAAUGAUGCUUAUCUUCAGAUGGCCAUUGGAAACGCCCCUUGGCCCAUAGGGGUCACUAUGGUUGGUAUCCAUGCCAGAACUGGUAGAGAAAAGAUCUUUUCUAAGCACGUUGCACAUGUUUUGAAUGAUGAAACACAGCGGAAAUAUAUUCAGGGUUUGAAGAGGUUAAUGACCAUCUGCCAGAAGCACUUCCCUACAGAUCCAUCAAAAUGUGUGGAGUACAACGCGCUGUGAAAUCUGUGUGUGGCGUAUAAGUGACGAGAAACUGAAGCGAGCAUGGGACGGACUUCUGGAAUUACCAACAGGAAUGAGGGAAGAAGAAAAAAGGAGUUUCUUGAGUUUGAGUUCUACCUAAUGCAGUCCUCUUGGUUUUAAGAAACAGCGUUGGCUCUCAUAUCACAUCUGGCUGCAAACUGAUUUUUGUGUCAUUUACUUUAAUCAAAAAAUUAAGUUCUAAAGACUUUUCCUCGUAAUUUAAAUGUGUAGACAACUGUCACAGAAGGGGGUUUAAAAUGACUUUUUCCCUCUAAACCUGAGAGUUGGCAGGUGAUUAUAAAGGAACAUUUGAGGAUGGACUUAAUUAUUUCUGUAAAAUAUGGUAAUUUUCACAUUGUCUUUUAUGUAGUAUUUAUAAAAGAUAUUUUUAUAUAUUUCAAUGAAAAUAUGGAACCAUUUAAUGAAACUUUAUAGUCCUUAAAUGUUGCUGAACUUUUGCCGUCUUGCAGUAGAAUUUGAAUGUAAGUGUUAUCACUGUGGAGUGUUGUUUUCUGGCAUUUCAAGGCUUUUGCCUCGUAAGGAGUGUAAAUCUUAAUGUUCGUCAUCACUUGGGACAGAUAGAAUUAAUAGGAAACAGAAGUUUGAAAAAGAUGGUAUCCCAACAGGAGUUUAAAUUACAUAAACCCAGUGCAUCAAGGUUCAAGGUGGGGAAAUGGAUUGUCAAGCCAGCCAAGGAUGGGGACAUUUUGAUGCCACUGGUUCUUCCCAGAAUAGGCCUGCCUGCCCGUGUCGCCGUCCCCGGGCCCGCGGUGGACCGCGGCUCCCAGCUGCCAGCUGCCCGGCGGAGGAGCGGGAUUCCGGGACCCUUGUUACUGCCCGAGCCCUAGGUCACGGGUCUGAUUUUCCUCAGAUGAGGACUUCUGAAGCUCACGGUGUCCUACCCAGAUCAUGGUGACGAAUGGCUAUGCCCGGGAAGUCGAGAGGACUCCGUUCCCGGAGGAAGGUGGGUGAGCGGAAUACACCUGACUUGGUGGAGUGGCGCCAUCGGACGGCGGCAGCCAGGCGGGGGCUCCCAAGCCACAACUUCCAAGCUGGAGAUUCCAGCGCUCCGCCCCCCCCGAGUGCGCCACCGUGGGCGAGUAACUUCAUGUCUCAGCAUCAUUUUCCCUGUCUGCAGUGGUAGUUACUAAGCGUAGCAUGUAUCUUGGAGCGCCGUUGUGUUAAAGUGAAAUAAAACGCUUAGCGCACUGCCUGGCGAAUGAGA